UAGCGGUCGGUUCGUGCCGCACCGGAAGCGGAAGCGCACCGUUAUUGUUGUUGUUGUUAUUUUUUUUCUUUUUUUUGGAAGCGCAUCGUUGUCCUGUCGCUCCGCUGCACCGGGCAGGGUCAGGACUUUCAAACAAAAUGGAGUAUAAGCUGAUCAUGGCCGUGUCCGGCUUCCCGGGGCUCUACGACACCAGUUCGCUGACCUACCGGGACCUGAACAUGCGGAGCGACGCGUGGCGGCAGGUCGCAGAGAUAGUCGGUGUCCCCGAGUCUGAAUGCAGAAGGAAGUGGAAGAUGCUGAGGGACCAGCACCGGAGGGAGAGGCAACGGGAGAAAGAGCGGCGUGAGAGUGGCGUGGGGCUCUUGAACUACAGGCCGUGGAGAUAUUCGGCGAUUUUGUCAUUUUUAAACCCGUUCAUUGAUGCCAGAGCUGCAGGCACCAACGGCUGGGCUCUGGACCCGCAGCCCCCUCAGUUCCAGGUGUCUGAAAUGGUGGGCUGCAGUACGACCAGCGAAACACGGAGCGACGACGACGAGCAUUACGGCAUCGCGGUAGCAGAUGCUACGACAACAACAACAUCAUCCUCAUCCUCAGAGUCUGUUCAGAGGAAGAGACCGUCUCCUGCCAGCAGAGACUCCGUCAGACUUAAAGAAGCAAAGAUCGAGGUGACCUCAGAAACUGCUGCCACAGACGACAGUGUUCAGAUACAACAAGUCCAACAUGUUAACAUGAGAGAACUGUUUGAGAUGAUGAUGCAGUCACUUACCUCUCUAGCCACAUCCUUAGCUUCUUCACACUCUUCCUCACAGCUCUCAGAUCAGCUGAUGCCUCCUGCGCAGUCUUCACCUGCAGUCCUGCAGCCUGAUCUGCAGCACCUUCAGACGCACCGCGGCCCGCCGCCGGCCUGCGCAUCCAGGCUGAACCACCUGAAAACAGAGGAGCAGGAGCCCGUCGUGGCGGUGCUGCUGGACCAAACCGACGGUGAGGAGGAGGGUCGCGCUGCGUCUCCCAGGCCGACCCGAGCCAAGAGGAAGAGCAGCGACAGCCUGCUGGAGGAGUACCUGAGGAGGAUGGAGGCCAGGGAGGCUCAGAGAGACCGGGACAGGGAUCAGAGAGACGAUGUCACGCUGUUUUUACUCAGCUUGGCUCCGGCCAUGAGAAGACUUCCUGCAGAAAAACAGUCAUGGGUCAGAACCAAGAUACAGCAGUUUCUACACGAGGCGGAGUUCGGUCCUACCAGUUUUCAGUGAUUUCAAACCGUUUUCUACUUUUAUAAAUUCCUCAUGGAUCACAUGCUAGUGGACUUCAAUGAUAAUUUAAUUAAAAAGAGGAUUUCACCCCCCCCUCCCCAUUUUUAGAAUACUGUUGCUGAACUUCUCCUUUCCCAUGUUUUUGUGCUGUUUUUAAUAAAAUCCUCUUGUAACAGUUA